CGCGGCCAUGGCGGAGAAGCGGCGCCCUAGAGCGAGCGCGCGGGACUCGCAGCGGGAGCUGCUCGCGCAGCUGGGGGCCGAGGCGCUGCUGCGGGGGGCGCUGCUCCGGCUGCUCGAGCUCCGGCCCGAGGACCCGCUCGGCUUCCUGGCGCAGCACUUCGCCAACGAGGCGGCGGAGGCGGAGAGCGCGGCGGCGCGCGGCGGGGGCGAGCGGGGCGAGCGGGGCGAGCAGCGCGAGCAGCACGAGCAGCACGAGCAGCGGCUGGAGCGCGCGCUCUGGCACCUCCGCCUCGCCCAUCACUCGCAGAGAUCGGCCUUCAACAACAACGUGCGUCUCGCCUACGAGCUCCUGACGCCCCCCGGGCAGCGUCCCGCCGGAGGGGUUCGAGGUCGGCUCUACACGGAGCUCCUGGGGUCCCUGUGCUCCGAGGCGGGGGCGCGCGCGUCCACGACGGCGCCCCUCCUGCGGCGCGUGCGGUGCCAGGAGCACGAGGCCGUGCCCUUCGAGCUCUUCCGCCAGGGUGUGCUCACCUGCGCCGUCUUCUCCGACUACGUGAGGCGGUCGCGCUCCCUCUACUCGGCCGUGCGCGGCGGCUCCGGGGCGCCUGCCCAGAGGGCGCUGUGCCAGGCCGUGCUGGAGGCGCUGCGCGACGCCCUCGACACGCCGCGGUGCGCCGACUCGGCUCGCUACCUCGAGGCCAGCGCCAAGAUCGCGCCCUGCACGCUGGCGCAGGCGAUGGCGUCGGCGCGCGACCCUGACGAAGGCCGGGCGGGACCCACCAUGGACCCGAGGGAGUUCGAGGAGGCGGCGGCCGCUCUCUUCAUCGCCCGCGUUCAAACCGUGUCCUGAAACACCGCGCAGCAGGGACACGUUAGAGCGGCGCGUGCGGGUCGCCUCCGAGCGUCGAAAUGCACCAGAACGGAACCCGAGCUGCGCCGCUUCUGCGACGGGAAGGAAAGUGCAAAUGUGUCACCUGUGUGAGAACAUGUUCGUGUGACUGCAGUCGCCUUCUCUCUCCUUGUGCUUCAUUGUUUCAUGUGUUUGUGUUUCCGCGUCAAAGACCAGACAGCCAGCAUGACAGUUUCUUCUGUGUGUUUUCUAAGUGGAACCUGCACCAUUCACCGCCGCUGUACACACUCCACACACUCCUCACUCUGUUUAAGUGGCGAACCCGCCAUUGUGGUAGCUUUUUCCAUUCUCUGUCCUGCUCACCCCUACCGCUGCGGCGUCCUGCCUCAUUCCUGGAGGGAACGGGUGAAUAAUUCAGGAGCCGGUUGGAGCUCUGCGUGUUUUGGUCGCCUGUCAUUUGUGCCAUGGAAACCUGUGGUGUUACCUUGCCGUGUUGGCAGCAGGACAGGGUGCCGCAGAAGUGUCCACCGUGUAAAUGAUGAACCUUUUUCAUGCAGUGCCCCAAUACCGUGCGGGGACGGGACCCGGUUCCUGUGUGCCUGCGGCUGCCGGGGGGCCACGAUGAGGUUCCAGAUUAGUAGCUGGAUGCGUGUGCGCUCACAUGGGUGUGUUGUAACAGGAGAAUGUGGGCUACGCUGUAUGCUUGUGGGGUGUGGGAACAAAGCGAUUCCUCCAGGCCCAGGGCUGCGAGGACAGGAAUCCCGCUCUAGGAAAUAUGCCUGUUGUCCACAAAUUCCAGGUGCAGUCAGUGGAUGACUGAGACUCGCCUCCUGCCUCCUCAGAUCGUUCAAUAAUCAAUAUCGCAAGACGUU